UCGGCCGAUUCCGGUACCCUUCAUCUAACCUCGGCUGUAUCAGAGUUUUGAUAUGCGCUUACGCCAGACAUUUGUGAUGCGGCUGCCUAUUCACUCAGAUGUAAACAGACAGGAAAACGUAGUACAACAAAAUGGCCGCCUUCGAGGAUUGUUUACAGUUUGCUACGCAAACAUGCCCUCUGUAUUCAGAAAAAGGAAUUGUGUUGAAAGAAAAACAAGUGGAAACCUUAAGAGCGUUGUAUGACGGAAAGGACUGCGUAUCGGUUUUGCCAACUGGAUACGGCAAAAGCGUGAUAUUUCAGCUUUUGCCGUGGUUUAUACAACGGAAAUUCAAUCACAGCCAUCCUAAGACAGUGUUGGUGAUAUCGCCUUUAAAUUCACUAAUGCAUGAUCAAGUCCUUGGUCUAAGGAACAAGGGAGUCGCAGCAUGUGUUGUGAAUAUAACAGGUACACAUGGGAUGACCUACAACCUGAAGGAAGAUAUUGAUGAUGAAGUUGAUGCUGCAGAUGAAGCAUGCGCACUACAGUCGGACGUACCAUUUGACAAAAUUGAGAGGGGCGAUUUUGUCUUGAUCUAUGCCCAUCCAGAGACAUUCAUCAAAACAAAGUUUUCCAAACUUAUUAGGUCAAAGAGUUUCCAGCGUAAAGUGUGUGCCAUAGUCAUAGAUGAAGUACACAUGGUCUCGGAAUGGGGUGAUGAUUUCCGUCCAGCUUUUGGAAAAUUGGGAGAACUUGUUUGUAUUUUUGAAAAUGCAAUUCAUUUAGCACUUACAGCCACAGCUACUGCUAAAUCAGUGGAAAAUCUGUCAAAGGUGCUAAAUUUUGACAGGCCUGUAGUGAUAACUUUGAAUGUUGAUAGGCCUAACAUUUAUAUUGAGGUGAGGAAAAGACUGCCAAACAUCAGGAAGUUUGAUAAAUUAAACAAUAUAAUCACCCCAAUAGCAGAUGAACUCCGAGAGAAAAGGGAUGUGUUCCCAGUUACGAUAAUGUAUGUUGAAAGUUUGGAAAGUCUUGGAUAUUUUUUCCAAUUUUUGACACAUAACUUGUCAGACAUAUCAUACAAUGGCGAUGCAGUACCACAGAAUAGGAUCUUUGCACAGUUUCAUAAAGAUUAUCCAGCCUCCAUGAAACAAGUGAUAAUUGAGGAACUAGUGAAACCCAACCCUAAAGUUCGUCUUGUACUUGCAACAAUGGCUUUGGGAAUGGGUGUCAAUGCACCCAGUGUAGAACGUGUGAUUCACUGUAGGCCACCAACCACCAUGGAAGCAUAUUUACAAGAAAUGGGAAGGGCAGGUAGACUGGGACAAUCAGCACAAGCCAUACUGUUUUACAACAACAGUGACAUAGCGAGAAAUAGGAAAGGCUUAUCUGAAGACAUGCGCAAGUUUUGUACACAUGCAGGAUGUUACCGAAGAAACCUUGUAAAUUACUUUGGAUUUGAUAGCGUUUUGUUUGAUGGUGAUAAAAACAACUGUUGCUCUAAUUGCAGAUCUACAGAAAAUCAGUGAUGUGACUACACCAUUCAUUGCUAUAUAGUAUAUAUAUAGAACAAAUUGAUCUAAUGUUUAUCAUCAAUACCUGAUCACGAAUGGAGUUUAAACCAGUUUGGCUAAAAUAAAUUGUUUGCCUUGUACUUACAGCCCAACUAUUUUUUGUUCAUUUAAACAAUGUAAAGUCAAUGUCUUUC